UUAAAAAAAGCCGGCAUGUUUACUGUACAACUGGACACAACACAGGAUAUCACAGCACAAGACCAGUGCUCAGUUGUGCUUCGGUACGUCACUGAUACUGUACACGAGAGGCUUGUUGCUGUGGUAAGGUGCAGUUCAUCCACAGGAGAGGCCUUUGUUCAGUUGUUGAGUGAUGUGCUUGAUGGUCUGAACUUAGACAAAAGCCUCUGCAUUGGAAAUGCCACAGAUGGAGCUGCCAACAUGCAGGGAAGAUACAGAGGCUUCUCUUCACUCUUGUCAUCACAAUCUCCUCACCAUGUCCAUGUGUGGUGCUACUCUCAUGUGCUCAAUCUCGUUCUUUCUGACACCACUGAAAUUGUGAUAGAGAGUGGAUCUCUUUUUCAUCUCCUGAAUGACAUCGCUGUGUUCAUCCGAGAAUCUCAUCAGAGAAUGAACGUAUGGGAGAAGGAAAGCCACAGCAGCAGGCACAAGCGCAUAGGACCCAUUGGAGAGACACGCUGGUGGGCAAAGCAUGAUGCCUUAAAGAAAGUGUUUGGCUCAUUUGGGAAACCGCAGGACUGUCUCUACAUUGAUGUUCUGUGCACCCUUUCAGCCAUUCAAGACCAGACGACAGUGAAGUCAAAUGUAAGAUCCAAAGCAAGGGGAUACAAAGAUGGCCUUCUCAGACACGAGACCAUCCUGACCGCGCAAUUAUUCUUGCGGAUAUUUGAGAAGACCACCCCACUAUCCAAAUACCUCCAAACAGGCGGGAUGGACAUCCUCUCUGCCCACAGGAUGGUGAUGUCCACACACGAGGCCCUUCAGGAGAUGGGAAGAGAUUUCCAGACAGUCAAGGAUGCAACAGAGAGUUUUGUGAAGUGGGCAAAUGACAAGCUGGAGGAGCAGGAUGAGGAGAUGGGCAUGGAGGUGGAGGUUUCACUACCGCAGAGGAGGCCAAAGACGAAGAAGUCCAUGCCAGGAGAGAUGGCCCAGGAUGAAACUUCCAAUGACCCAAGCAAGACGUAUGAGGUUAAAGUCCAUAACCAAAUUAUGGACACCGUUAUUGAGGCCAUGCAAAGACGAUUCCUCGAUAACGGCAAUCUGUAUGCGGACCUCUCAAUUCUUGACCCCCGAAACUUCCCAGAUAUCAAAACCAGUGGUCUUCCUGAGUCUGCACUGAAAGACCUAAGCAGAAGUCUCAUCAAAUUUAACAAUUCGGCAACCAUAUCAAAUUUACAAUCUGAACUUGAAAGCUUGGCAAGCCAGUGGGACAUGCUGAAGCGUCCACCACUAGAUGAGUACACAUCCCGUACUGUGGAGGAAGGACCUGGUGGAGACCCAGAGAUGGAAAUUGUCAGCAAAGCCUGUGCCUCAUGUAAAAACUGCCCCCUGUGUUGCUACCAGAUUCUCCUCAGAUUCAACCUGCUCACAGACGCAUACCCUCUUCUUUCUCUGUCCUACAAAUAUCUGCUGACACUCUCAGUGACACAGGUAGCCUGCGAAAGAUCAUUUUCAACUUUGAAAUUCAUCAAGAGCAGGCUGAGGAGCAGCUUAUCUGCUGGUAAAUUGGAGGCCUUCAUGCUGAUGUCCACAGAAAAGGACAUCCUCAUGCCUCAUUCCUUUUAGGAAGCCUCUGUCUCAGGUUGUGGCGACGACUUGCUUUCACAAAGCUUCCAUUUCAGCAUUGUGAGAUUGGAUUGUGAGGAUUGUUUUUGGAGAUAGACAGACGUUUGGUUUCUGGGGCUUCACAUGUACAUAGUUCUUACUGGAUUGACGGGGUUUGUGAGCGUUGGUUCCGGUGAAGUCAGCUAUUCACCAAGUUUCAUGAGUGUUUGAUGGACUGUAGUCGGUGUAGACAGACAAGGCUAUGCACCAAGUUUCAUGAGUGUUUGAUUGACUGUAGUGUGUGUGCCCAAAGAGCUGAUUGGAACUGAAGAGCGCAGACAAGGCUAUGCACCAAGAGCUGAUUGGACUGAAGAGAGCAGAUAACGCCAGUUCAUCGGCAGCUGCCAGGGGCUAUCAGCUAUCAUGACAAAUUUAUAGAUUCAUUUUAAAUAAACAAUUGAGUGUGAAGUCACUGCACAUUUCCUGGUGUUUUUUUGGUACCUGAAAGAGAGUUUUUUUAGUUAAAUUGUGCACCUUUUCCACUAGGCCAGAACGUUUGUACAUUUAGAAGACAUAAGUUACGUCAAUUUAAUGGCAGGUGUGCUCCGCUAAUUAUGUGGGCCGGUCUGAGCCAAAAAAUGCCCGGGCCGUUUUGUUCUCCCAGUCCAGCCCUGUCUUGGACCUACAAUUAAUGCUCUUGCUAAGUUUUAACGUUAGGUCGGGAAGUUAGUUCGAGAAUGACUUGAAACUUUCUUAAUGUAGCCUGUUUGCUCAUGCUCAAUGUGCUCUUCCGCUACUACAUCUUGAUAUGAAAUUAACAUGAGUGAAAAUAACGUGGCUGUGUGACAGGGUCUAUCGCCUAAAGACGAGGUAGCAGCACGGGCUUUUGUGCAACAAUUGUUAGCCAGGGAGCUGUCCGAGCCUGCUGCUUUGACCUCGUCGCACAUGGGCAGAGUAAACCAACCACCAGUCAGGGCUGGAGACAGU